AUAAGCCAUUUCCUGUAUGCCAGGCGCUGAAUUUCCUAAGCAACCAGAGAAAAGAGGAUCCGUAAUUUUUAAAUGUAUCCGUACUCCAAUUACUUUUGGAAAGGACUGGGGCGCCGGAGCAGCACAUGGGAUAAAUGGAGAGGGGGGGCCCUGAACGCCCCCCCACCCCGCCACCUCCGCGGGCAAAGAGGUGGCCUCAGCAACAUGUUGUUCCAGUGCUCCUUGCCCGACACCCUGGCCUCUGUCGGAGACGAGCCUCGGAAGGUGCUCCUGCGGCUGUACGGGGCGAUCCUGAAGAUGCGGUCCUGUAAUAAGGAGGGAUCCGAACAAGCUCAGAAAGACAGUGAAUUUCAAGGUGCCGAGGCCAUGGUCCUGGAGAGCGUCAUGUUUGCCAUUCUCGCCGAGAGGUCGCUGGGGCCGAAGCUCUUCGGCAUUUUCCCCCAAGGCCGCCUGGAGCAGUUCAUCCCAAGCCGGCGAUUAGAAACUGAAGAAUUAAGUUUGCCAGAUAUUUCUGCAGAAAUAGCUGAGAAAAUGGCCAGAUUUCAUGGUAUGAAAAUGCCAUUCAAUAAGGAACCAAAAUGGCUCUUUGGAACAAUGGAAAAAUACCUGAAUCAAGUGCUGAGAAUUAGAUUUACGGGGGAGUCCAAAGUGAAGCAGCUGCACAGGUUCCUCAGCUACAACCUGCCUUUGGAGCUGGAAAACCUGAGGUCAUUGCUUGAAUCCACUCCAUCUCCCGUCGUGUUCUGUCACAACGACUGUCAGGAAGGUAACAUCUUACUGCUGGAUGGCAGGGAGAAUUCCGAAAAACAGAAACUCAUGCUCAUCGAUUUUGAAUACAGCAGUUACAACUAUAGGGGAUUCGACGUUGGGAAUCAUUUCUGUGAAUGGAUGUAUGAUUAUAAUUAUGAAAAGUAUCCUUUUUUCAGAGCAAACAUCCUGAAGUACCCUACCAGGAAGCAACAGCUCCAUUUUAUUUCCAAUUACUUGGCUGCAUUCCAAAAUGAAUUUGAAAACCUCAGCAAUGAAGAAAAGUCUGUUAUAGAAGAAGAAAUGCUGCUUGAAGUCAAUAGGUUUGCCCUUGCAUCCCAUUUCUUCUGGGGACUCUGGUCCAUCGUUCAGGCCAAGAUUUCCUCCAUUGAAUUUGGGUACAUGGAGUACGCCCAGGCCAGGUUCGAUGCCUACUUUGACCAGAAGAGGAAGCUCGGGGUGUGACCAUGUGCGGCCUUCCCGCCUGCAUCCCUGGAUGGCAUGGGGGUGGCCGAGCCCGCGGCGCCUCUAUGCUCCGACUACUGUACCCGCGGCCAGAAGGCUGAGACGUCUCGCCGCCCAACACAGAUGUGUAUGAUACGAAAGACUGUAUUAAAAUUGAGUAACAUUUAUUUCUUAUCUCGUUUACGACCUCACUAGGACUCUGAGAUUGGGAAGCAGAAUUAUAGUACACUAGUGCAAUAGUGCAAUAUCUCAGACCCCUCUCAUCUAGAGAAGACGUUUCUGUCGCAGGUGCCUUUUGUGGUUAAUGUUGAUCUUUACACGAUGAGAAUGGCCGUGCUGGCGGACAGCGCUGAGUGGGCACUGUGAUGGGUGUGCAGACACUGCCCGCUCCCGAGGGGGCGGUGACACUGUGACCAUGCUCCUUGGCUUGACCACCCCCAACGGCGCGGGGGGCGCGGAGGCCAGGAGGAACGUGGCUACCUGCUUCCUGUCGUCCGAACUUCCCUCUGCUGGUGAAUCUCACCCCAACUGGAUGUGCCCUACCCCGUGCCCUCUAACAAAGUGCUUUAUUAACCCUGGCUUCGGGGCGGGUGGCAGGCCAUGGCCACCGAGGGCCACGUGGACACACCUGUCCCCCCACCUGCUCUCUGCCCCCAGCUCCCACCCCCUGCUCAGCCUGGAGCUGGGGCUGCUCCGGCAGGGCUGGCCCCCGGCCCCCAGGCCUGGUCCUGCCCCGUGCCCUCGGAAGCCUUCUGCCGCCCCGGUGCUGGGGCCUUGGCGUGCCCGCGCCCGCUGCCCGCUCAUGUGGUCAUCACGCGGCCAUCCCAGUGGGAGACCACAGCCCGUGGGUGGAGUCUGGGGCAUGGAUAGAGUAUAGCUGUGAAGUCCAUGUAUAUUAAAUGUCCUUUGGGAUAAAUCCUUUUGUUUUUUACUCUGAACUCUUAUUUGAAUUGUUUUUUUGUGCAUACAUUCCUGCUACCACAAAGAUUGUACCAUACAAACAAUAAAAAGUAUAAAAGGCUA